AUGUCCGCUCCAACCCGGCAAUUCAACAGGCUGUCCAUCGGUCGAAACAUGUCAGAAACGAGCCUGCCUGCGAGAGUGGCCCGCGCGCCGCGGCCGGACCCUUCCACCGACGACAGUGGUCAUGAAGACGACAGUUCGUCGGAGGAAAGCUCCGGUGAUGGCGAGGAGGGGGAUGGGGAGGAAGAAAGCAGUGAUGAGGAAGAGUCUGAAUCAACUAACGCUUCCUUCGUCGCCCCGUCCGGCAUUACCUAUGACUUGAGCCAACUAGAUUCCGAGUCUGAAGCCAGGGCCAUCGUGGGCUUGAGCGGCCAUUUUGACGUUGUUAACUGUCGCUCUACGCCCGCUGGAUAUGACUUCCAGUUGCUAGAUCGGCCACAGGUGCAUAUUGGCUCGGACUCGUCUACCUGCAGUUGCCCAGUCUUCCAGAGUCGGCCGGAAGGGGCGUGUCAGCACAUCUUUUGGCUCCUCGACCAACUGCACCGCUGUUUCCUUCCUGCCCCUCAGUCGAUGGAGGUAGCAUUGGCUCCAGACGGACGCCCGGACCGCCUCCCUCGCAUCGAGGUUCUCCUAAAGGGUAAUCUGAAGUCGGUUGCGGCACAACUCAAAUGGCAGUAUCUAUGGGACGAGGAGGAUGCGAUAGGCACGGGGAUGACACGGACAGAGAAGGUCCGAGAUAUCUUCUCGGCGUUCAGCAAACGAACCCUUCCAGAAGACACCCGCCGGGACUUGACAGAAACGAUCGAGCACCCACGAACGGCAGAGCAAUGUGUUGUGCAGGGCGAUUUCGAAGCGACUAUGUUCCGGCUGGCAGUACACGAUGACGUGGUAUUCAACAGCCUCUGCAAGGUGAUGCCUGCAGGCGCGUGUGCGGCCAUCUACUUCGACAAGAUACAAGAACAGUCACGCCGAUUACUCAAUGACUUCGACCGAUACUGCACAACCGGCGAGUUGCCCGCAGACCCUGUGAUCCCAGGCUUAGGCGUAGAGGUCAACGAUGUCGUGAGACAUCUCCAGCUUUCGGCAUCACGGAUUGCAGUCAACAUUGCGGCUCGUGCCCCGCACGGCUCUGAAGGCGCCGCUGAGGCUCUAGUAUCUCUCCUGGAGUCAGUCGUGGCUCGCAAUAAUGAUCCCCUGGAGGGCAAUCGCCUAGGCCGCCGUUCCUUCCACGGCGAAGACGAGGACCAGCGCAACCUAUAUCAUUUGCUCAUCGGGUCGGUUGAAACAGACUCCGAAACAGACGCGCGGCACUUUGUGCUUCACGCGCUUGAUGCCCUGCCGCCGGUGGACCUCCACCAGUGCGCCAACCGCCUGCGCGACAUCCUACGUAAAAUCGAAGUCAACCGUGCCCCCAAGCCUUAUCUUCUCCACCUAGGCUCGAUACUUCGUAUCGCUGAAUCUGCUGCUGGCGGCCCUAUGGGAUCUGGCCAGAAGCGCCCUGCGGCUGGAAAUGGUACUUCGGGGGGAUACUCGAAACGGACCCGCUGA